AGCACAGACGUGGCCGUGGUGCAGCUGCUGCGUUCAAGUGACGCAGUGUCCCGUCUGGAGGCCGGGAGGGCGAAGUUUUCCUCUCUGCAUUGCAGCCUGAGCGCUGCUGCUGGAAUCCAACACAACAAUGGCGACUCCCAGUCCUGACAGCAACUCCACAAGCUCCAGCAACAACAGCAGCAACAUCGCAGGAUCCACGUCGCACCAACACCACCAGCAGACACAAAGCCUGACCACGGUCAGCAGCAGCAUGCAAGAAACCAACAGCUGCUGGAGAUGUCAGAUUGAAACAGGGUUUCAGAUAAGCCUGUCUGGAGUGGCCCAAAGUAAACGUAAAGCUCUGAAGCUGAAUUUCGCCAACCCUCCCGUGAAACCAGCAUCUAGGCUUCCCCUCAAUCCUCCGGCUCCCCCUUUCCAGAACCCACAUAUAGAGCGUCUGCGGACACACAGUAUCGAGUCAUCGGGGAAGCUGAAGAUCUCUCCAGAGCAGCAUUGUGACUUCACUGCAGAGGAUCUGAGAGACCUGGGGGAGAUUGGUCGUGGGGCCUAUGGCUCCGUCAACAAGAUGGUCCACAAACCUACGGGCCAGAUCAUGGCUGUAAAGAGGAUUCGCUCCACUGUGGAUGAGAAGGAGCAGAAGCAGCUGCUGAUGGAUCUAGACGUGGUGAUGAGGAGUAGUGACUGUCCUUACAUCGUUCAGUUCUACGGCGCUCUCUUCAGAGAGGGUGACUGUUGGAUAUGUAUGGAACUUAUGUCUACCUCAUUCGACAAAUUCUACAAAUAUGUAUAUUGUGCAUUAGAUGAAGUCAUUCCAGAGGAAAUAUUAGGCAAAAUAACAUUAGCAACCGUUAAAGCACUGAACCACUUAAAAGAAAACUUGAAAAUAAUUCACAGAGACAUCAAACCUUCCAACAUUCUUAUGGACCGAAAGGGCAACAUCAAGUUGUGUGAUUUCGGCAUCAGUGGUCAGCUGGUGGACUCCAUAGCCAAGACCAGAGAUGCAGGCUGCAGGCCGUACAUGGCGCCGGAGAGGAUAGACCCCAGCGCUUCUAGACAAGGUUAUGAUGUCCGGUCUGACGUGUGGAGCUUGGGAAUCACCCUGUACGAGCUGGCCACGGGAAGGUUUCCUUACCCAAAGUGGAAUAGUGUUUUUGAUCAGCUGACACAGGUGGUGAAGGGCGAGCCUCCUCAACUCAGCAACUCAGAGGAGAGGCAGUUCUCCCCUAAAUUCAUCAACUUUGUUAACCUAUGCCUUACAAAGGAUGAAUCAAAAAGGCCAAAGUACAAGGAGCUCCUGAAACAUCCGUUCAUCUUGAUGUACGAGGAGCGGUUCGUGGACGUUGCCAGUUACGUAUGUCGCAUCCUGGAUCAGAUCCCCUCCUCUCCCAUCUCCCCUAUGUAUGUGGAUUGACGGAGUAAGGCGGGAGAACGGUUGCGCCCGACACACAACGGGCGGGACACUAAGCCUCGUGAUGCGACGCAUGACAUCUUAGCCCUCAGAUGCAGUUACGUAGGAUCACCUGUUUAUUCACGUUCCAAAGAACAAAGGAACAAAGUCCAAAUUGCCCGGUGCAAUGAGAUUAUUGUUAUUAUUAUUAUUAUUAUUAUUAUCAUGAAUAAACACACCCUUCCACUUCCCAUCACGCCAUUCAGUGAAAUGUAAAAUCAUCCAUCUUCAGACAGCAAAAACUUGAAGACAUAACAUUGUCUUAGUAAAAUGCAAUGCUCAUCUUUUUUUUUUUUUUUAUGUGACGAAAAAGGAAUAGAGUAUACAUAUAUGGUAUAUAUACUUGAACUUGAUGUACACAAAUACAGAAUCUACCAAAUAAAAUGUUGACAAGUGACGCUCAUGA